AUGUUCUCCUCCUCUUCGUCCUCCUCGGCGAGGAACCCUGCACAGGCAGCGGCAGCAGCUUCGGCUGCGGCCCCGGCCCCGCCGUCAUCUGCCUCUACCGCACCGAGCACAUCCCAGCACCUGAGUGUCUCCUCGGCGCGGCCGCAACACUCGCAGUCGUCCGCGACCUCCGUCUCCGGCGCCCCGGGACCGGCCCCGCCCCCGCAGCAGCAGCAGCAACCACAACAGCUCCACCAGACCCUCCCGUCCGAGGACCAGCAGCGGCACAUCGCGGAGGCGCGGUCGGCGGUGGUGGCCUCGAUCGGGAACAUGCUGGACGGGGAGCUGCAGAGCCGGGCGCGGAUGCUGCACGCGAACGCGUCGGCGCUGGACAAGCAGGAGCGGGACGUGGCGCGGGCGACGGAGGCGCUGCGGCGGGAGAACGACAAGCUGGGCAAGUUCACGGCGGACGCGGCGCGGCGGGUCAAGGAGCUGGGCAACGUGCAGAACUGGGCCGAGGUGCUGGAGCGGGACUUCCUGGUGCUGGAGGAGACGUUCCGGCUCGUGAGGGAGGGGAGCAGCGAUAGUUGUGGGAGUGGCAGCUGGAGCGGGAGCGGGAGUUGGAGCGGCGGAAGCGAGGCGGGGGAUGCGGACGGGGAUGUCAGUAUGGGGAAUGGGGGCCCGGGCGAGAAGGGGAAGGGGAAGGGGAGGGAGGGUGAGGUGGAGGGGGCGAUGGAGUUGGACGGGAGCCGGGAGGAUUGUUCGGAGGCGAGUCGUAGUGUGACGGAGGCUGGGUCGAGUAAUGGCACGGAAGGACGGGCUAAAGGGUCCGAGACGACUUCUAUUUCCACGUUGUGA